AUGGCGAGCUACUUGCUUGAUCGACCGCCUGACGGCGAAGCAAAGCAUGCCUCAUUCUACCAUGGCCUUCAGAUCGACCGUACCCCCAGAGCAGAAGAAGGCUAUUGCACCAUGUCAAUCUACGACACCAUCGAUGGAGCACUGGUCAAGAAGGAGGUCCAAAUCACGAAGCCUGAGUCCUCCGGAAACGUUUUCUCCAAUUUCGGCAAAUCCAAAGCCCCAAAAGUUCUGUACACUGUAGACACGGACGAUGCGAUGGUCAGACCGCCAAAUUCUGUCACGAGAAUUAUUUGGUAUGAUUACACGGAAGCGCUGGACGUGGCGAUGGUCAAGAUCCUGGGCGCUACUUAUGAUAUCGAUCCACGAUUCUUUGAGGGGCGUAUUUUCGGUGACCAUUGCGACGAGUAUGACGAUAAAUAUAAGCGGCCAUUACUAUUGAAACAACCAUUUUUCCCGCUUGAGUUUCCAGACUUUGAAACACGUGUAGCAGCUAUUUUCUACAGAGAAGCCGCGGAUGUAAAUGGUGUUAGCAAGAAUACGGUGAUCGUCCUGUGCCGGUUGCAUCGCCCUGCAUAUUAUGACAUAGAUAUGAAUCUCAUCAGACUCGGUAUAAUCGCGUUUAAUGAGACUUUGGAGACGAUGACCAGAGAAGAUAUCAUCCAAGCAGAUUCUAAUCCGUUCAGAUUUCUGCAUCCUUAUCUUGAAGAGUGGACAACACGAAGAGGACUCGGUUUUCAUGAGUUCAUAUCGCGCCAGACAGAUUCUUUUAGAGCCCGACCAGCUGGAGGGUUGAUGCUUCAACGUUAUAGUAAUGAGUCUCAACAAAAUAAGCUUGAUAAAUCAAUCAUCACAGCCUUGGACUGUCAGCUGUGGCUACAUAGCCUGUCCAAUAUUCUUAAAAGCAUUAGCCGAUUUGAGGAAAAUUCGGCAAAUCCUAGCGACAUAGUUCUCACUUUAAAAGAGCUUGUUGACCUCGUGCACAUUAUUAGAAAUUGGAAUCGAGAAAUACUUGAAUUGAUAAGAGACGAGCUAAACCGCGAGGUCGGUAACCUUUCUAUUCAAGAAUCCAAAAAGUCCAUCGAGCAAGCAAUCAGUGUAAAACGACUCACCCAGCUAGCCUUCGUAUUCAUCCCUCUCUCCUUCGUCACCUCAUUCUUCGGAAUGAAUAUCGAAGAACUCAGCUCCACCAAUAUCAAACUUUGGAUGUUUUAUGCCACCUCUGUUGGUCUCACAGUGGUAGUACUAAUAACUCUGGGAAUAUUCUCGGGGAAGUUCCUCGACAUGUGGAACAAUAGUAGUCUUCGUCGGAAACUCGAAGAACGCCGAGAGUUUACAGACACGGGCUCAACGAUGUCAACAAGAUCACCGAUUUCAGGGUCGUUUUGA